GUGCCAUCUGGCACGAUUUCGUUUCUUCCAGGAGUAUCAGCAAGAGCGUUUGGACCCUCGAACAUUGAAGAGCUGGAUGAACUGCAAAUCGACGGAUAAGAAUCCCCAGAACCAACGGCGCUGAACUAUCAUGCAUCAUCCACGACAUCCCGUUCGCGACCGAACGUUAUAUCAUCAAAGACGGAGCAUAGAGAGUCUCGUUCGCUGGAAUCCAAAGCUCGCUGUGGAUUGUUAAAUGUUGCCGUAUCAGAGUGACGAAAGGAAGAAAUGGUUAAUCGUCUACCAGGUCAGUGGAACGAUUACUACUAUGCCUAGUUGCAAGCGCGAUGUAAAUGCUGAGCGAAAUUCCAUAUAUCAUCUUAGGACACUUCUUUACCUGCGCCAGCGUUUAUCUCAUCUGAAACGACAGGUACUGAAAAGGGGCGUUGAAGUUUCGAUAGCAUAUGUCGAUUGCGUCACAGAGAAUGGACCUUUGCGCAACAGGGUGCACAUUUUAAGAACCAACGAAUGGGCCAGUGAUACGGAAGAUGCCCGCGAGUACAACACCCCCUCUUCCUGCGGCUUACAGCGUGAUAGGCUAGUCACUAUCUUUAUGGCUUUUGAGCUGGACUGGAUAAAAGAUUGUGGCUCAGUGCUGUACCAUCCUCGCAUAUUCUUGCGUUCUUCCGAUGGCGUCUGGUCCUCUGUCAUGCUCUGGAAAUUAAACACGGACGAAUAGAGGUGGUUUUCAAUGCGAUGGUCUUAUCGUCACUACGUCCUGGCCUUCUGCAGUCUCAUCAUACCCAAGGACGUCGCUAUCCUAGAACGGAACGGCGGCCUGCACUGAGGUUGGCGACUGGCAGCCUCACUGAUGGUCGCAUUCUA